AUGGAUCGAACCACAUCACUACAGACUACGGCACCUACAUCACUGGGGCCACAUUCGAUUCAUGGGAUCAGUGGUGCGCACGACGGGAAUAGUGCGGUUGGGCAGAAGAGGAAACGCGUGACUCAGCAACCGAUUCGUGAUGAGAUGGAAAAGAGGAAGAAGAUCAAGAAGAAGUUGAAGGAAGAGAAGAUUAAGGUGGUGGGAGACGCCCACAGUUCCUCUAUACCGCCACCGAAGCCCCACGUAAAGGCUGGAGAUAUCAAUGUGCGUUCGAUCAAAGAUACUGCGACUGUGAACGGGGAGACCGACGAUGCUGAAGGCUAUUACAGGGUAACGGAGGAGAAUAGGCGCAUAGGUGACAGAUACUGUAUCGGCAGACCUCUGGGCAAGGGCACCUCCGGCGAAGUCCAUGAAGCCUUUGACAAGCAGACAAAAUCGAAGUGUGCAAUCAAGAUCACUCGAGUUCAGGAUGAGGCCCGCGAUGAACUGCGGGUGCUACAGACUUUGUACCUUAACGACGAACAGAAUCAGAACAAAUGCAUCCACCUACGUGACUGUUUCGAAUUCUGCAACCACAUCUGCAUAGUCACCGAUGUUCUAGGCAAGAGCCUCUCCGACUUUCUCAAGGAUAACGAAUCUAUGACCUUCCCAAGCAGUCACAUACAGAGCUUUGCUCGGCAGCUAUUUGUCAGCGUUGCUCUUACACGACCUUACAAGGCCAUAUCGCGCGCCGGAGAUUAUAAAGGCUUGGCAGCGAUAGAGGUGGCUGAAACGGCGUACUGCGCAGCGCAAAGGCCGCAUAAUCUGUACCUCUUGAUUGCCCCGGAUAGGUUUGGAGGAAUGUUCCGCUCUUUUUGGCAUACAAUGAUCUCCAGUGACCGCCAUGCGUCCCACGACUCUCCCUACCGCACGGGCCAGCAUAUGCCUCUUAACCAAAGCCGUCAUGCUCCCCUUACAUCAGUGGCCACCAGCGCCCUAGAAUCUCGUCCAGACCUGAGCUCACCGUACGGCGAUGAUACCUCCGCGCAAUUUACACCAGCUCUGCAAAACGGCGACGCACGCGCACCAGGCAGUCCUGGCGCGGGUCCUCUUCAGUCACCCACUUCUCCUUACUUGCCUGGCAUGCGGUCAAACAUGGCAUUAAAACGACAACAAUCAAACGAACCCAAUCCUUUCGACAGCGUAACACCGGGAGAAAUACAAAUGCAAAGCUUCCAAGAAGGCCUCCCCCCACCCCCACCAGCAGCCCAUUCUUGGAAAAAGAUUGAUCGAUGGGCUGAGGAGAACUACGAAGAACUCUACGACCAGCUCUCUGAAGGAUGCACUCAGAAUGAUGUCAACGAGCUUGAGCAUGAGCUUGACUGCUCUUUACCCAUGGAAGUACGCGAAUCUCUACAAGUACAUGAUGGGCAAGAGAGAGGUGGGAGACCCACUGGCAUUAUCUUCGGCUGCAUGCUUCUCGACUGUGAGGAGAUUGUUCAAGAGUGGAAGAAUUGGCGGGUAGUCAAUGAAGAAUAUCUCACAAGCCCGUCAACCAAUCAGACGCAGUUCCCGCCAAAAGCCUUCGGUGGAGCAUCCUCAUCCUCGUUUUCAGCACCAGUUCCAGUUUCACAACAAGCAACCAACCCGUUUUGGCGACAAGAGCUCCUCGACAAACAAGACUCACAGCCAUCUAGAGCUAUUCAAAAAGCUUACGCCCAUCCCGGAUGGAUUCCAUUGGCUCGUGAUUGGGGCGGUAAUAACCUUGCGGUCGAUCUUGCGCCCGGACCCGUUGGGAAAUGGGGUCAGAUCAUCAUCUUCGGCCGAGACUACGACUGCAAGUAUGUUGUUGCUCGAUCAUGGGCCGCUUUCCUCGCAACAGUAGCAGAUGACAUGAGUAGUGAAAAGGUUUUUGUCGACGAGGAGACACAGGAGCUUAAGCUUCGGGAAUUCAAGACCGCCACUGUCGAGCCAGCAUACCUGAAUAUACUGCGCUGGAGAAUGGAUCAGAAGUAUGGUCGAAAGGGCCCUCGAAGAAGGCCGGGUUCUGGACCAGGUACCAACGCCAAUGGCGCCGCUAAUACUGGAUCUCCAUACGGAAGUCCGACUGAAGAAAGAGGACGCUCACCACAAAGGUUUCCUAAUCGUGGGCCGACCCACACUCAAAGUCCCCGUGGCGCUGUUGGAAAACCCAGCCCUCUGGCUCAAGUGACAGAAGAGAAUGCAGCACCAAAGAUUCACACUGGCGGUGACGCCAAUAGAGAUAUCUUUGCUCAGAACACUGCAGCUAGCGAGCGCAAUGGGAAUCUAGUCGAGAUCGGAAGUCCUACUGGCCCAAACGACGGAUAUAAACAAGCGCCUCUGGGCCAAGCGAUGGAGGCCGACAUGUCUGGUGUGCUAAGCAACGCGACGAACAAAGACAUACAGACCAAGUCAGCGCUAACAGGCCUUGGGGUUGAUGGUGUCGAUGACAUGAAAAGCGUUGAAAUCUGA